AUGGAUAACAGACUGAUCCUCGCUGUCCUGUUUUUGACGGUGUCCUGGAUAUCUGUGGGCACCUAUGCUCAAACAGUUUCAACUCUUGAGACACCUCUUAAUAGGACAGGCUGUGGGACCCAACAGCUCUGCGCGGCUCAGCCCUCUAACUGCGACCCCUCCUCUGGAUCAUGUUUCUUUUUUUCUGCUCAGCAGCAGAGUGGUCAAAACUUUAUGUUGGGGCUUUCAGGACAGUCAGCAGGCUACGUCGCUGCCUCCUUGGCACCUAACACCACACUGGCAGGUAACGUCACAACCUACGUCUGUGCUAAGAACGGCAGUGCUGUUCAAUUCAUCAGCACUUUCCUCAACAACGGCACACUGAUUCCAACAACGCUGAACGUGAGCUCUGUGAAGGGCAGGCUCAAUGGAACCACAAUCCAGUGUACAUUUGAUGCCACCGUACCAGACCAAGCUACUAAAACAAUAAAUUUAGCAAUCAUAAUCUCCAGUGGAACUUUCGACAGCAUGACUGGGGCACUGGGAAAGCCUGACUUCAAAUUUAGGAGUGGUCUUGUAGACCUGUCAAACCCUAACGCCACUGUCACCAAUCAGCUUUCAUCUUCCGCUACCGGUGGCAUUGCACUGCAGCAAUCACUGAUGCAAGCUCUGCUGAUCACUGUUGGUGUGCUGGGCCUGGCCAUCCUCUGAGAAAAUAGAAACCCCCAUGAGUGAAGACAAGAAAACCAUAACUUCCCUAUUCAUAAACAUUUGCUACUGAAUAUAAACUGUUCCACAUCUCCCAGGAGGUUCACUUUACACAGUACAUCACAAAUUAUUAUGAUCAUGCUUAAUUUGUUAUCAAGUCAAUGCAGGUGAGAGGAGGCGUGGUGGAGGGCGGUGACAUUUCCACAGCCUUUCGACUGCUUUCACAUCUGUUAUAGGCUCUGAAACAAACAAGUAAAUUUGUGUUUUGUUUUUCAUUUAAUGUGUUGUGUAAUACCUUUUUAGGUUUCUGUCCUGCAAGUUACUUAAUUGCAGGCAAUUACACAGACUCCCUGUCAGUGGUUUAAAAUCAGUGUUUGAAUGGCUAGAAUGGGGUACAAAUGAGAAGCACUAUUGCAAUAAUUGUACCCAAAUAAAUUGAACCAGUAGCUGGCUUCACCAGUACAUGUCAUGCUUUAAACAAAUGUUGUGUUUGGAGUCUAUUUAUCUUUUAAGCCCUCAGCCAACUCCAUAGCAACCCGUAGAGCCAUUAAAUUAUUAUACUGUGAUGCCAGGAAAACAUCUGACAAAACUUGUUGUCAGAAAACUCAGGAACUAAUGAAGAACCUUUUGUUAACCAUGAUAUUAUUUUUUCCUCAGAAUAGGUAGAUGUGCCCUUAUGAAGGAUCAUUAUUUAGCUUUUUGUCUGUCACUACAUAUUUACAUUUAUGUGUUGUGUUUCUUGAUGAGACAAGCAAAGAAACAAUGUUUUUUCGUCUCCUGUUGCUCAUAAUGAUGCCAGCAAAUGGCAGAUGUGUGUUUUUGCAUUAUGUUAUUAUUAUGAUUUCAUUGUCUUUGGUGUGAAUGUAUGGUUUGUUUAUGAUUCAACAAUGUUUUUACAAUGAAGCCGUCAUUGGCUGAUAUUUUCAUGUGUGCAUGUGCCUGUAUGUGUAAGUACAUGUGAAUAUGACCAGUUGCUCAUAAAGAAUGCUGUUUACUGUCUAUGAUAACAAAUAUUGGUAAAACUGAUUUUGAAUAUUG